AUGUGGCUGCAAGACAAAGUGCUGAAGUUCCUCGGACUCGACGACGCGCACAAGAUGUUCAACGACCUCAUCAACGCAAACGGGCGCGAAGUCGAAGAGAAGCUCUUAAAGUUCUUCAACACAAAGACCCACGAAAUCAGCGACCCCAACCGCAAGCAGGUCUUCUUUUACAAAACCUACAGGGACGAGAUAGUGCAGGAAGAAGUAUCCGUUUGGGAGGAAGACGAGAAGAUGAAGAAAAAGUCAAAGAGGUCGAAGAGGGGCAAGCCGAAGCUGGAGAGGAGCGAGUCGAUAAGGACGGACAACAACGUGGCGAUCGACAAGCUGGACUCGGAAACGGCUCUGCGGUCGAACCGGUCGACUACCGGCGACGAGGAGGAGGAGGAGGCCGGCUACGAGACCGAGUUCGAGGACGAAGACGUCUUCGCCGCGCUCAUGCGAGACAAGAGCCAACCGAUCCUCCACAGUGCCGCUUACGAUAACGAAAACUUUGUCCCUCCGCCCGGGGAAGAGGACAACUACAUACUGACAAGGAAAGUCGUGGACCGCGUGGUGCGAAUCCCGGUCCUGCACUGCUUUUUUGGCGAGCUGGACGGCUCGAGUCUGGAACUGGACGAUCAGCGUCUGAUAUACGUCAUCCGCGCGAGCGACGCCGCGGUGCCCAGCUACAACUCGCGGGCCGAGUGCUGGGCCGACAUGCCGCGCCACGUGAUCGUCGGUUCGCUACAAGGCCGGUUCCUCGACUCGUUUGAGUUCCUCCUGAAGAACAUCUUCCUGCCCCUGGCCAAGGCGCAGUUCCAGAGCCCCGAAGACAUAGCCUCGAUGAUAAAGGCCCCGGGGAUGGCCCAGACCCUCGACGACCUGAAAAAGUCCGUGAGCCCUGCCUUUGCGCCGCACCUGGACCGGGGAGACAGCGGCAAGGCCGAGUUCUUGGACCGGAUGACGAAGCUCAUCGACUCGGUCGAGUGGACAAAGGAUCAGGCGGAGACGGACGUGAUGCUGACGGUGCCGGAGGUGUUUGGCAACGUGGCCCCGGGAGUGGAGAUCGCCGAUUUGGCAAAGAACUGGAAGCUCGUGGAGAGGCUCGAGAAGAUCGUCCUGACCUGGGAGAAGCACAUAGAAAAGGUGUUGGAGUCGUUCGGGGUGAAGAAGCCGCAGGGCCAGGGUCCCCUGGCCGAGUACGCGCACUGGCGCGACCGCGAGUCGGGGCUGUCCCCACUGGUCGAGCAGCUGCGCUCGCCAGCGAUCGGUAAGAUCCUCGGGGUCCUCGAUUCGGCGAACUCGGCCAUUGGCGCUGGCUUCCGGUACUUUGACAACGAGCUCACCGAGUGCUACGAAGAAGCCAAGGAGAACAACAAGUUUCUCUCGACCGUCCUGAGAUACUUCAAGAUAAUGGAGGGCGACUCGUUAACCGGUAUAAUAAACGUGAUCCCGUCGCUGUACGAGCACCUGAGCAUGAUUUGGACCCUGUCGAGGUACUACUCGAUCGAGGAGCGGAUGAUUUCCCUGCUCGAGAGAAUCUCCUGGCAGCUGCGCCAGACCGUCACCAGGAAGAUAUCCAUCAGAAAACUCUUCGAGGAGCCCCUCGAGUCGAUACUCAAAAAGACCGACGGAGCCCACAGAGUGCUGAGCCUGUGGAAGAGAGCGUACCUCGACACCCGCGCCAGCAUCGAGCUGAUGGGCAAGGGCAUGCGCUGGGAGUUUGACCAGAGGAGGAUAUUCAAGGACACCGACUACCUGGCAUCGUCGAGCGCGGAUUUGCACGAAGUCGCGGGGGUCCUGAGGGACUUUUACAACAUCUUCGGGGAGGAGCUCAAGUCGAUAGUGAGCGACGCCGCGCGCAUCGACGCGAUCAACGAGCGGGUGGGAAAAUUGCUGGGCCCGAUCCUCAUAUCGGAGGUCGACGCCUUCAACGAGUACAACCGGGAGAGCUGGGAGGCGACGAUGUCGUGGUUCCGCGCGGAGGUCGAGAGACUCGAGGCCGGGGCCAAGGUGUUCAUCGACGAGUGUUUCACCACCCUCAUCAGGGCCGAGGACGCCCUGGCCAUGCUCAUGAAGUUCCGGGGCAUGCGGACCAGGGAAGCCGUCCAGGAGAGGCUGGCCGUCAAGUUCGACAUCAUCAUGCAGCAGUUCAGCAAAGAGAUCAAUGAGAUCGACGAGAUCUUCAGCAGAGGCAAAAAGAAUCCACCGCUGUUGCGCUACCACCCGCCGAUCGCCGGUGCCAUUUACUGGGAGAGACAGCUGUUCCACAGGAUGAAGAGGCCGGCGCUGAUAUUCCAGGAGGUGGAGGAGCUGAAGAACAGCCAGCUCAAGGAUUUUGCUUUCGAGCAGUACGUCGGCGUGGCCAAGCAGAUGAAGAGCUUCGAGGACGCCAAGUUCGAGGAGUUUGUUCGAAGAGCCCGGCCGAUUCUCCACAACACCAUGAGGUCGAGCGUCUUGACUCUCCAGCCGUUCGAGAGGAAACAGGGCGACGCGCGCGCUGCCCAAUCUAAGAUCAAAGUCAACGUCCUGAAGAAAUUUGGCAGCAGCUCGAUCUCCCUUUCCCGCACGGCCUCCCACGACGAUAGGAUCAGCUAUCAGAUGUCCCGCAGGCAGAGCAUCGAUACCAAAGGCUCGCUGAACCCGAGUAUAAGAACCAUCGUCACGGUCAGGGGCCCGAGUCGCGCCGACAGAAAGUCCGAGCAGAAGCUAUCCAAGGCCAGGCUGUCCUCGGUGUCGUCUUCCACCGACAGACUGCAGCAGCAGAUCGUUAAAAACACGGAACUGAUGCGCGGGGCCAUUCUACUGGACAACCAGAUGAAGCUCACCGUGAACUUUGACACCCAAGUUUUCGAGAUGACGCGCGAGGCCGAGCUGCUGGAGCAUUUGGGGUUCGAGUUGCCGGAAUCGGUGAGAGAAAUCGGCAUACAAAAGUACAGGCUGCUUGCCGAUCGCUGGGCCGUGGAGAAGAUGAUAAACCAGUACAACGACAUCAUCAACCAGUUGGACGAAGCUGAUAUCUUGUUGCUCAAAGCUACGCUGGAGAAGGUAGAGAAGAGCAUCCAGCCAGGGGUGACGCGACUUAACUGGUACUCCCUGGGGAUCGGGGACUACGCGAGUAGUUGCAUCAAGCUCCUGAAGAGCCUUUCCUCGCUCGUCGACCAGAUCAACCGGAUUCGCCGCGAUCUCGACGCGAGCAUCGAUGACGAUCUCAGUCGCUACAACCUAUUCACGAUCGACAGAGAUACCGAUCGGCUCGACGACGAGAUACCGUCUUGCAAAGAAACGUUUCAGGAUUUUUUUGCCCGAGUCGUGAGCAAGAGGACGGAACUCGUCGGAGCGAUGCUCAAUAGCUAUCAGACCAUGGGCCCGAUGCUGGUGAAACUCGAGAGCCUCGUCGAGGGAACGUCGACGGGAAAGAGCCAGGCUAUGCUGCUCUGCUACGAGCGUUACGAGCACAAGACUUUCACGGCUCUCAUCACAUGCUUCGUGAGGAAUUUGGAGCACCUGAAACACCUGCUGUCUGGGAACAAAGCCGUGUUCAAAGUCGACGCAGCCCUGGUGGGCUCGGAGGUGACGUUGAAUCCAGCUGCCACUGAGAUCCAAGCGGCGAUCAUGAACAACGUCAAGGAUCUCAUGGAGUGGCUCAAGGUUUUCCCGAGAUGGAUGGCACGAACCUGUCUCGAGUGCAAACCCAUCAAAGACGCUUCCGACACGGAUUUCGUGACGUUCAGCUUCUACGAGGACGUGAUGGGAGUUCAGGUGGUAAACGAUCUGAUAUUCACGCUGCAAGACAUGUCGCACCGUUUGGCCCAGGACUGCCAUCGUUACCUGCAAAAGUGGAAACAGUACGGCAACCUGUGGACGGCCAACAAGGCGCAGGGCUGCGAAAAAUUCGUUACGGCCAAUCCGACUUUGCAGCAGUACGACGAGAAGUUCUCGUUUUACGACUCCAUCAUCGAGGAGCUCGACGAAAUGACGGACUACUACGAUAUUUCGAGCAUCAGGAUAAAUCUCCAGCCGCUACUAACCGGCAUAAAGGAUCACGCAUCGGAGUGGAAGACGAUACUGGGGAACUUUUUGCUGUCCAAGACACUUGGCGAGGUGAAGGAUUUCAAGGCGAUGAUCGACAAGUACAGAAUCCUCACGGAACUGGUGGUCAGCGGUCUCGAGAAGUUCAAAACUGUCAUGCAGAGCAUCUCCGACGUCAAGCGCACGGCCAUACAGGCCGAAGUGCGGUAUUCGAUGUACCAAGAGACCUUUGAAAUACUCCGAGCGCACGGGCUCGCGUUUGACGAGGGUGACGAAGAGUCUGCCCGAAACCUGCACAAGGACUGGGAACAGCUGUACCUCGGUGCUCUGUACAGGUUCACGAGCCUCGAGAGCACCAAGGACCAGUUUUGCGAGAUGUCCGUCGUGGAAAUCGAGGAGUUUGAGCGCGUCGUUUACAAGUUCGUCGAGAAGUUUCAGACCAAAGGACCCGGCAGUUGCGGCGAAGAUUUGGACGCCGGGAUGAAGAUGAUGGACGAGUACGGCUCAGAGAUAAAUCGGUUGGAGGAGAAGCUGACCGAUCUGACGAACGCCGAGCUGAUGUUCGACCUGUCCCCGGCCGACUACACGAGUUUUAGGGCAGUCAAGCGCGAUUACGAGACGAUGGUCGAGCUGUACAAGAUGUACAGGGUGCAAAAGGUCGCGAGGGACAAGUGGGCCAAGACCCUCUGGGCGAAUCUGAACCCUCAGCAGUUGGUCGACGGGAUGGAUGGGUUUUUGAAGGAGUAUAGAAAAUUGCCCAGGGCCCUGAGGCACCACAGCGUCGGACGGGCUCUCGAGGUCAGCAUGAAGAAUUUCAAGGACUCCGUGCCGCUGUUUGUCGAGUUGAAGAACGAGGCGAUGCGCGAGAGACACUGGAAGGAGCUCAUGGACAAGACUGGCAAGCACUUCGAUAUGGCCCCCAAAAGGUUCACCCUGGAAAACAUGUUCGCGAUGGACCUGGCGCGCUACCAAGACAUCGCCGCGACGAUCGUGAACAACGCGAGCCGGGAGCUGGCCAUCGAGCGAGGGGUCCAGGACGUCGCCAUCAUAUGGAAGACGAUGGAGUUCAAGCUCCUUAGACACGAGAAAGCUGGCGAGGACCGAGGCUUCGUUCUCGGCAGCGUCGACGAGCUCAACCAGAUCCUCGAGGACAACACCCUGAAUCUGCAGAGCAUGUCGGCCUCCCAGUUCAUCGGGCCCUUCCUGGCCAUCGUGCAAAAGUGGGAAAAGGCCAUGCGGAUGAUAGCCGACGUCGUCGAGGCCUGGCUGGAGCUCCAGAGGCGCUGGAUGUACCUGGAGGGCAUAUUCGUUGGGGGCGACAUCAGGUCACAGCUGCCCGAGGAAGCCGAGCGCUUCGACAACGUCGACAACCACUACCGCCAGCUCAUGGCUGAAACGGCGAUCAAGCCCAACGUCCUGGAGUGCUGUUCCGUCGAGAAUCGUCUGGAGGAGUUCCAGGGCCUGAUAGAGGCCCUGGAGAGGUGCCAGAAGUCCCUGAGCGAGUACCUCAAGAGCAAGCGCGCCGUCUUCCCGCGUUUCUCUUUCAUCAGCGACGACGAGCUGCUGAGCAUCCUCGGCAGCUCAGAGGCCAGUGUCAUCCAGGAGCACGUGGGCAAGAUGUUCGACAACCUCAGCAAGUUCCGUCUCGGGCCUGACAAUCAGGACCACGAGGUCGCGAGCGCGUUGAUAUCGUCCGAGGGCGAGGUCAUGGAUUUUCGGGAGCCGGUCGUUGCCGAGGGCCACAUCGAGGAGUGGCUGGUUCUGGCUCUCGAGGAGAUGAGACGCUCCAAUCGGUACCUCACCAAGAAGGCCGUCUUUGAGUACGGCAAGAUGCUCAAAGCAAGGACCGAAUGGAUGCUGGAUUUCCAAGGGAUGCUGAUACUGGUGGCGAACCAAAUUUGGUGGACCGCGGAGGUUGAAAACGUCUUCAAGAAGAUAGCCAUGGGACGAAAGCGCUCCAUGAAAGAGUAUCUUCAGCAGCUGAACGACCAACUGGACGAGGUCGUCAAACUUAUGGGAGGCGACACGCUGACGAACAACGACAGAAAAAAGUUGGACUCGGUAUUGACGAUCGACGUUCAUACGCGCGAUAUCGUGGAAGGAUUCGUCAGGGACAGCAUUAUGGACGCGCUCGAGUUCGAAUGGGAAAGUCAAUUGCGAUUUUAUUGGCUACACGACCUGGACAACGUGUGGAUGAAUCAGUGCACGGGAACUUUCGAAUACGGCUACGAGUACAUGGGGCUCAAUGGGCGAUUGGUCGUCACUCCCCUGACCGAUCGCAUUUAUUUGACCAUCACCCAAGCAUUGUCGAUGCAGCUCGGCGGAGCUCCAGCGGGACCUGCCGGUACGGGAAAGACCGAGACCACCAAAGAUCUGGCAAAGGCUCUGGGUCUUCUCUGCGUCGUCACCAAUUGCGGCGAAGGUAUGGACUACGUAGCCAUCGGCAAGACUCUCGGAGGCCUGGCUCAGUGCGGGGCCUGGGGAUGUUUCGACGAGUUCAACAGGAUCGACGUGUCCGUGCUCUCCGUCAUCUCCACUCAACUGCAAACCAUCAGAUCGGCAUUGCAAAACAAAGCCGCUCGAUUCAUCUUUGAGAACCAAGACAUCGCGCUGGAUUCCAAAGUGGGAGUCUUCAUAACAAUGAAUCCAGGUUACGCUGGUCGGACGGAAUUGCCAGAGUCGGUGAAAGCUCUCUUCCGACCGGUUGUCUGCAUCGUGCCCGACAACGAGCUCAUCUGCCAGAUAAAGCUGUUCAGCGCGGGUUUCCUGACGGCCAAAGUACUCGCCAAGAAAAUGACGGUACUGUACAAGUUGGCCAAGGAACAGCUGAGCAAGCAGACCCACUAUGAUUUCGGGCUGCGAGCCCUCAAAUCGGUACUUAACAUGGCCGGCCAGUUGAAACGAACUUCCGGCGAUUUGCCGGAAAACGUGGUCCUCAUGCGAGCUCUGCGGGACAUGAACCUGCCCAAGUUCAUUUUCGAGGAUGUACCCCUGUUUCUGGGCUUGAUCAAGGAUCUCUUUCCCGGACUGGACUGCCCGAGGGUUAGAUAUCCGGACUUUAACGACGCCGUUGAGAAAGCCCUCGAGGACAAGAACUACAUCGUUAUUCCCGACCAGGUGGACAAAGUCGUUCAGCUUUACGAGGUGAUGAUGACCCGGCACUCGACUAUGGUCGUGGGGCCGACGGGUGGUGGGAAAUCGGUGGUCAUUCAGGCGCUCUGCGACGCCCAGACCUUACUCGGCAAGCCCACGAAACUGUACACUUUGAAUCCAAAGGCCUGCACCGUCAUUGAACUCUAUGGAGUCUUGGAUAACACCACGAGGGACUGGACCGAUGGUCUGCUCAGCAACAUUUUCCGGGAGGUCAACAAGCCCUUGGACUCGGGGAAAGACGAAAGGAAGUACAUUAUGUUCGACGGAGACGUGGACGCACUGUGGAUCGAGAACAUGAACUCGGUGAUGGACGACAACAAACUGCUGACUCUGGCCAACCAAGAACGAAUCAAACUCCAAGAUCACUGCAAUCUGUUGUUCGAAGUCGGCGAUUUGCAAUACGCUUCGCCGGCUACGGUCUCCCGAGCCGGUAUGGUCUACGUAGACCCGAAAAACUUGGGCUACCAGCCUUACAUGGAAAAAUGGAUCAACAGCCGUAACAAGUCGGAGCAGAGCGUCCUCCGCAACUUGUGCGAAAAAUACGUGCAUCCCGCCAUAAAGUACAUCAUCGAUGGAAUGCUCGGACUCCAGCAACUGACUCCCCUGAAACUGGUCAUUCCCCAGACGAAUCUUAAUAUGGUCGUGCAACUGUGUGCGACGAUAGACGUUCUGUAUCCGAAACCGGCGGUGGACGAGUACGUGCACGAGGAUGACCAGGAGCGCAGCGAAGAAGAAGAGACUCGGUUCCGCGAGAAAGUAGAGUCGCGUGACGAGACCCUGGAAGCGGUGUACCUGCAAGCGUGCUACUGUUCCCUGGGGGCCGUCAUCGUCUCGGAGUCGCGCAAAGACUUUGACGACUUCAUGAAAAAGACCUCGGGUCUCAUGAUGGUCGAGGACUCGGUGGAAAAGCCCGCGGGCUUUCGCUACCUCCCCGUGCGGUACUCCCAGCUGUACGACUACGUGCUCAACGUGCAGAACAAAGUCUGGACGCCCUGGAGACAGCUCGUGCCCCAGUACGUCCACGACCGGGCGAAGCAAUUCGCGGAAAUUCUGGUGCCCACCGUCGACACGAUCAGGGCCAGUUGGUACGUCGAUCUGAUGAACAACGCCAAGAAGCCGAUCGCGCUCGUCGGGGACACCGGGACGUCGAAGAGCGCCAUCAUCAUGGACUUUCUCAGAAAUCUGAAUCCAGAGAAAUUUAGCAACUUGUCGAUUAAUUUCUCGUCGAGAACAACGUCGAUGGACGUGCAGAGAAACAUCGAGUCGGUCGUGGAAAAGAGGACCAAAGACGUUUACGGGCCACCUCCGGGUAGACGUUUGAUCGUCUUCAUCGAUGACAUGAACAUGCCGAUGGUCGACACGUACGGGACUCAGCAACCGAUCGCUCUGUUGAAGCUGCUCGUCGAGAAGGGUGGCAUGUACGAUCGAGGAAAGGACCUCAACUGGAAACGUAUCAAGGACAUAAGUUUUCUGGCGGCGAUGGGGAAAUCUGGAGGCGGCAGGCACGACGUGGACCCCCGAUUCGUAUCGAUGUUUUCCGUGUACAACGUCACUUUUCCGGCCGACGACACUUUGCACUACAUCUACAAGAGCAUUCUCUCGGGGCACCUGGAAAUUUUCCCCGAAACGAUUCAAGAACUGGCCGACCAACUCAUCAGUCUGAGUCUGGAUCUUUACAAGCUGAUAGUCAACGAGCUACCACCGACUCCGUCAAAGUUCCACUACAUAUUCAACAUGCGGGACUUGUCGAGGGUGUCCGUUGGCUUAUUGCAAAGCGAUCCAAACCACUUCAAAUUGCCUCAGCAGUUCGUGCGACUGUGGAUAAACGAGUUCACCAGAGUUUUUUGCGACCGGCUCAUCUCCAAAACCGACCAAGAGCUCGUACACGCCCACAUGGAGGAAAAGAUAACCAGCACGUGGGAGUUGGACGAGGAACUGGUUGCCUACGUUUCGCGCGAGCCUCUGCUCUUCGGUGACUUUCGAAACGCCUGCAGUGAGGACGAAGUACGCCUCUACGAGGACCUACUCGACUACGAGGCGGUCUACAGCCUGUUCAUGGAGAUCCUCGAAGAGCACAACGAGCGAAUCGGCAAACUGAGCAUGGUCCUCUUCAACGACGCUCUGGAGCACCUGACGCGAGUCCACCGCACCUUGAGGAUGUCCCGCAGCCAUGCUCUCGUUGUAGGUGUCGGGGGCAGCGGGCGACGGUCGACCAUCCGACUGGCCGCGUUUGCCGCGAACUGCGAACUCUUCGAAAUCGCCCCCAGUCGCGGCUACGACGAAUCAGCCUUCCGCGAUGACAUGAAGAAACUGCUGACGAUGGCUGGGGCGGAGAACAAGAGUACCGUCUUCAUGUUCACGGACGAGCAGGUGGUGGACGAGAGCUUCCUGGAGAUCGUGAACAACUUGUUGACGACCGGCACGAUAUCCGCGCUGUUCGCCGACGACGAGAAGGACGCAAUUGUCAAUAAUUGCAGGAACGCGGCGAAAGACGCCAACUACGGUGUCACGAAGGAGAACGUGUGGGCGUUCUUCGUGAAGAGGAGCAGCGAGAAUCUACGGGUCGCGCUGUCGAUGAGCCCGUCGGGCGACAUACUGCGAGCGCGUUGCCGCAGCUACCCGGGACUCGUCAAUUGCACGACGAUCGACUGGAUAUUCCCGUGGCCGGAGCAAGCCCUCCUGGCCGUGGCCAGCGUGACCUUGAGAGACAAUGCUUUUAUCCCCGACGUUCAUCGGGAGGCGGUGGUGCGCCACGCCGUUCAUGCCCAUGUCCUGGUAAACGCGUACACGAGUGAUUUCCUCGCCAAGCUCCGGCGCCCGAACUACGUCACUCCCAGGCACUACCUCGACGCCCUCGAGACUUACGUCAAUUUGCUCUCCGAGCGGCGAAGCUACAUCGAAUCGCAGUGCGCCCGUCUCUCGGGAGGUGUUUCAAAAAUCGCGGACGCCUCGGCGAACCUCGACCAGUUGAACGCCGUACUGGCGGUUCAGCGAGUCAAAGUGAAAGAGCAAACGCAGAACUGCGAAAUUUUGCUGGUGAGCAUAGGCGAGAGCACGGAAAUAGCCGUGACGAAGAAAGCCUUGGGUGAGGAGAAGCGAAGGGAAAUCGAGGAGAGGAACAAGAUGAUCGCCAAAGAGUCGACCGAGGCCAGGGAGGCCCUUGCCGAGGCUCAGCCGACCCUCGAGAGGGCAAGGAAGGCUCUGAGCGAGCUCGAAAAGUCCGACAUCACCGAGAUCAGGUCGUUCGCAACGCCGCCAGAGCCGGUGCAAGUGGUGUGCGAGUGCGUCGCGAUUCUGAGGAACGUGCGCGAAAUCUCGUGGAAGAGCGCCAAGGGUAUGAUGAGCGACCCGAACUUUUUGCGCCUCCUUCAGGAGAUGAACUGCGACGAGAUAACUUUGAAGCAGCAGCAAAUGGUCAAGACUCACCUGAAAAAAUCAAACAAGAUGGAACAAAUGAGGACCAUCAGCAAGGCCGGCUACGGGCUGUACAAGUUCGUCAUGGCCGUUUUAGGCUACUGCGCUGUUUUUCGCGAGGUGAAACCGAAAAUAGAAAGGGUUAAAGAGUUAGAGUCGGAAUCGGAGAAGGCGAAAAAGGCCAUGGAGCACGAAGAGCGCGAGCUCAAAAGACUGGAGAAGCUACUGCGGGAGCUCAACGCGAAAUACAAGACUGCCAUGUCGGAGAGGCAACGACUGCAGGAGGAAACCGAGCUGCUGGAGAGGCGCCUGGUCGCUGCGGACAAACUGAUCAACGGUCUGUCGUCGGAGAACGAGCGCUGGAAGAGAGAACUGGAGGCUCUGAACGUCGAGCUCGAGAAGAUCGUCGGCAACUGUUUGCUGUCCUCCGAGUUCUUAGCCUACCACGGCCCGUUCACGUUCGAGUUCAGGAACGAGAUGCUCUACAACGACUGGCAACAGAGCAUCCUGGAAAAAGAGAUCCCCCUGUCGCAACCUUUCAAAAUCGAAAGCCAACUCAGCAGCGACGUCGAGAUUAGCGGCUGGAAUUCGGAGGGUCUGCCGCCCGAUGAGCUGUCAGUCCAGAACGCCAUACUGACGGUCAGGUCGUCGCGGUUUCCCCUUUGCAUAGACCCCCAGCAGCAAGCCCUCAAGUGGAUCAAGAAGCGCGAGGAGAAGUCGAACCUCAAGAUCCUCACUUUCAGCGACUCGGACUUUAUCAAGCAAGUGGAGAUCGCCAUCAAAUACGGCUUUCCCGUUCUCUUCCAAGACGUCGAUUACGUCGACCCCGUCCUCGACAACGUCAUCAUGAAGAACAUCCAGACUGCUCCCGGUCGGAGUUUCGUCAUGCUCGGGGACAAAGAAGUCGACUACGAUCCACGAUUCCGCAUGUACUUGACGACGAAGCACGCGAACCCGGCUCUGAACCCGGCCAUCUACGCGAAAGCUACCGUCAUCAACUACAUGGUCACGACGAGUGGAUUGGAGGAGCAGCUGUUGUCGGUGGUCGUGCGCACCGAGCGCCCGGACAUAGAGGAGCAGCGCGAGGCUCUGGUGAUCGAGACGAGCGCCAACAAAGCCCUGCUCCAGCAACUCGAGGACAACCUACUGCUCGAGAUAGCCAGUAACCAGGGCAACAUGCUCGACAACAUCGACCUCAUCGAGACUCUGGACAACACGAAAUCGAGCGCCCAGGAGGUGUCGGUCAAACUGAGCGAGGCCGUCGUCACGUCGAGACAGAUAGACGGUCUGCGCGAGGACUACAGAGCCGCGGCCAAGCGAGGCGCCAUACUAUUCUUCGUCCUGGCCGACAUGGCCAUCGUCAACUCCAUGUACCAGUACUCGCUCAGCAGCUACGUCAAGGUCUUUGUGCAGUCGUUGAAGAAGGCCUUGCCCCAUCCCACGCUGGCGCGUCGACUCAAAAACGUCGUGAGGACGCUGACGCGGAACGUCUACGACUACGGCUGCACCGGCCUCUUCGAGAGGCACAAGCUGCUCUUCUCCUUCCAGAUUUGCACACGGAUCGAAAGAGACCUGGGACGCGUCAGCCAAGCCGAGCUCGACUUUUUCAUCAAAGGCAACGUUUCGCUCGAGAGAUCCACCAGGGAAAAUCCCACCGAUGGCUGGCUCUCUGUCUCCGGCUGGGAAGACACUCUCAAGCUGGCGAACGACUUUCCCGACCGGUUCAGUCAGUUGCCGGACGAGCUCGAGCUUCACGGCGCGGAAUGGAAGAGCUGGUAUGACCUGGACAGCCCGGAAUCCGCCGAUCUACCCUGCGGCUACUCGUCCAAGCUCGUGCCUUUCGAGCACCUGAUGCUGUUGCGCUGCUUCCGAGCGGACCGUGUGUACCGUGCGCUUGUCAUCUACAUUACCAAUCAAAUGGGCGUGGAGUACGUGACGCCGCCGAGCGUCGGUUUCGAGGCCAUAUACGAGCAGAGCACUUCGACCAUGCCGGUCGUCUUUGUUUUGAGCCCAGGGUCUGAUCCUACCAGCGAACUGAUCAAGCUCGCCGAGAGACACGGCUUUGGCUCUGGAAACUUUAGGCACCUGUCGUUGGGCCAGGGACAAGAACAGUCGGCCAUAGAAUUGCUGGAAACAGCGGUGACGGGUGGCCAGUGGCUGAUGCUGCAGAACUGCCAUUUGUUGCUCAGCUUUACGAGGGAGCUCGAAAAAAUACUGGAGAACUUGGGCCAACCUCACUCGAAUUUCAGGCUUUGGCUCACUACCGAUCCCACUCCGAAUUUUCCGAUCGGCGUUUUGCAGCAAUCGCUCAAAGUCGUCACGGAGCCACCAAACGGAUUGAAACUGAAUUUGAAGAAUACCUACUUCAAAAUAAACGAACAAGUUCUGGAAUGCUGUCAGCACUCGAUGUACAAGAACCUCAUUUACGUUCUGGCGUUUUAUCACGCGGUUGUUCAAGAACGUCGAAAGUACGAUAAAAUUGGCUGGAACAUAAAUUACGAUUUCAACGACUCGGACUUCAACGUGUGCACCACGAUAUUAGACACGUACCUGACUAAGAACUUGAACUUGAAGGAAACUCGCAUACCUUGGAACAGUCUCAAAUACUUGAUAGGAGAGGUAAUGUACGGAGGCCGAGUCAUAGACAGCUACGAUCGGCGAGUCUCCAAAGUGUACAUGGACGAGUACUUUGGCGAUUUCCUCUUCGACGCCUUCCAGCCGUAUCAUUUUUACAAAGACGAGCAAGUGGACUACGUAGUGCCGAUCCCGGGAGAUCGGCAGUCUUACCUCGAGUUCAUCGAGUCGCUGCCACUUGUAAAUACACCGGAAGUCUUUGGCCUUCAUCCCAACGCCGAGAUCGGCUACUUUACCCAGGCGACUAAGGACAUGUGGGCACAUCUCAUUGAUCUUCAGCCGCAAACUGUGGUCGGCGGAUCUGGAGUGAGCAGAGAAGAGUUCGUCGACAAUCUGGCCAAGGACAUUUUAGCGAAAUUGCCUGCCGAAUACGACAUGGCAAAAAUCAAAAGGAACUUUGGACUGGCCAUUUCACCAACAACGGUAGUUCUGUUCCAGGAGCUCGAAAGAUUCAACAAGCUCAUAAACAAGAUGACAACUACUUUGCAGCAACUGAGAAAGGCCAUAGCUGGUGAAAUAGGCAUGGACGCAGUGCUAGAGAACGUAGCGAACUCACUGUACAACGGAGCUUUGCCCCAAGAGUGGGCGAGAUUAGCACCAGACACUCGUAAAAAUCUUGCUGGCUGGAUGGAGCAUUUUGAGAAACGCAUUGCUCAGUACACCAGUUGGGCUGGUUGCAACGAGCCCAUGGUCAUGUGGCUUUCUGGGUUGCAUAUUCCCGAGACGUAUCUCGCGGCUUUGAUCCAAAUGGCCUGUCGGAGAAACAACUGGCCACUGGAUCGGUCGGUCAUGUACACCGCGGUCUCGCGCUUCAUCAAUCUCGAAGAGGUCGAGGAACGACCAGAUGAGGGGUGUUACGUGCAAGGACUGUACUUGGAAGGAGCUCGCUGGGACGUGAAGGAGAACUGCUUGAAACGGUCCCAUCCAAUGGUAUUGGUUGAACCUCUCCCGAUUUUGAGCAUCAUACCAAUCGAGUCUCAUCGAUUGAAACUAAUGAAUACCAUAAAGACGCCAGUGUACACGACAUCAAAUCGACGAAAUGCUAUGGGUGUUGGUCUAGUCUUUGAGGCAGAUCUCGGCACGUCUGAGCAUCCGUCCCAUUGGAUUCUUCAAGGUGUAGCUUUGACUUUAAAUACAGACUAA